UGCGCCUCGAUGGGGAGCGGGGGGGUGUGAGAUAGAGCGGGCCCCGCCCCCUUCCACCCUCAAGCCCCGCCCCCGUCGCCAUGGUAACCACGGGCUGAUCUCGGCGGGAAACUCGCGGUUCCGACCCGCGCGCCCCAUGUCCGUCCCGGAGCGCGAGGUGCUGCUGUCGGUGCAGCGGGCGCUGCCCGAGGAGCAGUUCGAGACGUUCAAGUAUUUCCUGGAGGAGCAGCUGCCGUUGUACCGGCUGCGCGCGGCCACGCGGCCCGAGCUGUGCGCGAUGCUGCUGCAGCACUUCCCGAACCGGGCGCUGCACGUGGCCGCCGAUGUGCUGCGCAAACUGCCCCGCCACGACCUGAUCCAGCGCUACCGGCUGCCCGGAGCCGGACACGAGCAGGUUACCGGUGCUGUCCCGCAGGUAACUACUGCUGGCGCUCAGGAUGCUGGUGUCCCUCAGCACGUCGUCGUUGACCCUCCGGAAUCUGCCGCGGACCCGCCCGGAUGCGGCGGCGGCCGGCUGCUGUCGGAGCGGGACCUGCUGCGGGUGGCGCAGCUGCUGGGCCACGAGUGGCAGGAGGUGGGAGUGCUGUGCCUGGGGCUGCCGCGCUGCCGCCUGGAGCAGAUCCAAGAGAACAACCCGCACCGCACCGCGCUCUGCAGCUUCGAGAUGCUGCGGGACUGGAGGCGGAGGGAGGGGGCUGCAGCCACGGCCCCGCGGCUGAGAGACUGUCUGCAACACGCACAGCUCGACCCCGAGGUGUUCGAUCUGCUGCAACAGAUGUAGGACGGGACUGUGAGGGAGUUGGGAUGGGAUGGGAAUAGGAAUGGGAUGGGAUGGGGGG